GGCUGCGCCACUGUUGCCGAGGCGACGCCUUGGUUACUUCCGUUCUUUUCAAUGCUUCCGGGUUGGCGCUGCGGUGCUGUUUCCUACUGUGGGAGCCUCCGCGUUCCAGUCGUCUGUUGAGCUUGAGCAGCCGUGUCCCUUCCCUGUCUUUAACUCUUCUGGCACCGGUGGCUUUACUUCUUCGAUUGAACCUGCUUCCUCGACCCCCCUGAGAGGCCGCCUCCUUCAGGCGCCUCCUUUCUCUCUACGAACUCGUUCUGACAGCUGAGGAACUGACAAGAUCCUGCUAUCCAGAGGGUGAAUGGGUAUCUUUCCCGGAAUAAUCCUAAUUUUUCUAAGGGUGAAGUUUGCGACGGCGGCUGUGAUUGUAAGCGGACAUCAGGCAAGUUCCACUUUAAGCCAUGAGAUGUCUGGUCUGAACUGGAAACCUUUUGUGUAUGGCGGCCUUGCCUCUAUUGUUGCUGAGUUCGGCACUUUCCCUGUGGACCUUACUAAAACCCGGCUGCAAGUACAAGGCCAGAGCAUCGAUGUCCGUUUCAAAGAAAUAAAAUAUAGAGGGAUGUUUCAUGCCUUGUUCCGAAUCUAUAAAGAAGAAGGGAUUUUGGCUCUGUAUUCAGGAAUUGCUCCUGCUUUACUAAGACAGGCAUCGUAUGGCACCAUCAAAAUUGGUAUUUACCAAAGCUUGAAACGAUUAUUUGUAGAGCGUUUAGAAGAUGAAACUCUCCUAAUUAAUAUGAUCUGUGGGGUAGUGUCAGGAGUGAUUUCAUCUACUAUAGCCAACCCCACUGAUGUUCUAAAGAUUCGAAUGCAGGCUCAAGGAAGUUUGUUCCAAGGGAGCAUGAUUGGCAGCUUCAUUGAUAUAUACCAGCAAGAAGGUACCAGGGGUCUGUGGAGAGGUGUGGUCCCAACUGCUCAGCGUGCUGCCAUCGUUGUGGGGGUAGAGCUGCCAGUUUAUGAUAUUACCAAGAAGCAUCUGAUACUGUCAGGAAUGCUCGGAGACACCAUUUUAACACACUUUGUUUCUAGCUUUACCUGUGGUUUGGCUGGGGCUUUGGCAUCUAACCCAGUUGACGUGGUGAGAACGCGCAUGAUGAAUCAGAGGGCAAUAGUGGGACAUGUGGACCUCUACAAGGGUACUUUGGAUGGUAUUUUAAAGAUGUGGAAACAUGAAGGCUUUUUUGCCCUCUAUAAAGGAUUUUGGCCAAACUGGCUUCGACUUGGACCCUGGAACAUCAUUUUUUUUAUUACAUACGAGCAGCUCAAGAGGCUUCAAAUCUAAGAACUGAAAAUCUAAGCCCAGCCCUGCCACUCUUUCUACUGUUCUCCUGUGUGUUCCUAAUGUAUUUUGACAAAGAUGUUAUGUGUUUACAGAACCAGUUGUCUCCCAAGGGCCCUCUAACUGAAGAGUAGUAGGAUGACUUAAGGCUGUUUAUGCGUUUUUGUUACCUCUUCCCGAAGAGAAGUAUUAACAUUGAGAGUGUAACCCCAGAUUGGUGUCUUCUGUGAAGAUGGAUACUGAUGGGUGACAUUCAAAAGGGCCUUCUUUUCAAACGUGGGUUAAAUGUAGUUGGUUAUCCCCAGAACAGGCCUCAGCAGAUGGCUACCAGCACAGUUACUGUUAUGUAUGUUAUAGACCUUGGUUCUCAUUAAAGUAUUUAUUGGCUGAAU